GGUUUUCUACGGUGACGAGUUGGACUCGCCAUGACUCAGUUGCCCCCGUUUUUUCAAGACAGGAAUUAUGAGUCAACGAUUAAAUUCCAACUCGAUGUGAUGAGCGAAUAUGGGGGUGAGGAUGUAGCGAAGGAGAUUUCAAAUAAAAGGAAUCAUGGCUCGGUGGCUUUUGUGGUUAAAAUUUUUGCUUGGAUCAGGUUUAGCUCUGGUUUCUGGAGAAUGAGAGAGCAUAUGCUGCGGGUUCAUUGCAAUACGGUUCGAAUUGGGUAUUCGAGAAUUCAUGGGACCUGGAAUUCCAUGAGCCAAUCGAAGAAAUGCGAGGUUUAUAUUUGUUGUGGCAUUAAUGGUUUACAAGGAUGUGAAAUGCAACAGCAUGACUGGACAACCAUUUGGCAUGUCAGGAUGAGCACAAGGAUGUUUCAAUCAUCUACUGAAAAUGUCCAGGGGGGUCUGUUAGUCAUCUGUGGAAAUAAUGUUCUCCCUAGGAAAUUUAUUUUAUUCUUUUAAGGGAAGUAGGAUUUGGCAUACCUCAAGUUGGAUUUAUUUCUUUAUGAAGUCUUACAUUUGAAUAAACCAUCCAUCCUUUACCUAAUUCUCUUUUGGAAUUUGACAUUAAGCAGUAUGUUUAACAGAUUGUCUUGAGGUGUCUAUUGUCCAUCAAGAUGGGUUAUUCUUCCUUUCAAAAUGCAUUACUCAUUUACUAUUGUGAGAAUAAGAGAAAUGACACUUUUUUUUUUUGGUUUGGUUUCUUCUGUAUCACUAUGUGGGUAAUAACUGUAUAAUGGAUGUGCCUGGUGUAGUAUGUGUAAUAAGCUUCAUGUUGCUAAGCUUCAUCUCCAAGAUUUUUAAGUUUAGUUGCAACAUUUUCAUUGUGGAUUUCAUGUGGUUGUUUAAUGAUAGCUAGCUGAUUAGCAUUUCAUUAAAUGUAAGAUUGGUGAAUUGUUUGAUGCAUUUAGGUGUAUGGGAGCUCUUUCUGAAUAAUUUGAAUUGGUCUUGCUCUAUACUUGAGUACUCCACAUUGAUGGUUCUUGUGAAGAAUCAAAGAUAUGUUUAUGAGUUAUAGGGGUUUCUGCCAGAUAUUUUCCCCCUUUUUGCCGUCAGUGCUGGUUAUGUAGGUUAAGAUGAUUGACUUUGAUGCCUGUACCGUAGCAUAUACUGUAAUUUGUUGAAUUGUUGUCUUUUCAAUGUAGUUUUAGCAAUAAAAGUCUUUAAUAGCGUAAAAUUCAAUUAGUCAGGAAGACACUAAGCUUGUCUGAUAAGAUGUAAUUACGCAAAAUGGAAUGCAAUUAAAAUUUGUUUCAUUACAUUACAUUAUUUUCAAUUACAUCAUACCAAACAUGCACUAAAAUUUGUUGAAUUUGCUCCAACUUUCUUAUUUUCUGAUGUCUGAAUUUGAAUGAUGAUAGCUUCUGACCGGAAAGUCAAAGCCCGGAUCUUUAUUGUUAUGUCUAUAUGAACUGACACAUGCUAAACAGAUCCAGUAAAACUACAACCACAACAAAAUUUUUUUUCCUUGCUAUUUCUUUUGUUAUUUUAUUCACAUUAUUUUUCAGAUCAAUUUACAUUAAGGUCAUGUGAUGCUUGGGGUUUCAUCUUUAGGCAUAUCUAUGGGACUCCUAUGUGAUAAGAUGUUGAGGAUCUGUAGUUAGAGUUUGUAUUGGCCCUAUCUUACUGAGAACCUUAGCUUGUAAUGCACUGUCACAUUAACUUCCCUUUUGAUAGCCGUUGCAUGCACUGGAGCAUCCAUAUGACUGAUGAUUAUGCACAGAGUAUCCUUUCUGAAACUUUGUCAGUCAUGAAAGAAUUGAAAUUUAAUGUAUUUAGAAGCCUGUGAAAAACAAGGGCAAGAAGAUUGCUUCGUAGUUGGAGAUGUCAAGAUGAGCUGCAAUUGCAGGCCUUGUCCUUGGUUAGGUCUGAGAUAGGUUGACAGUUGAUGAGGUGCAAGGUGGUUUUGGCUUACCGCAAUUGCUGCUAUUUUACUGUGGCCAUCUGAGGCACUUUCGUAUCUAUCCAGGGAAAGCAAGAUCAAACCGUGACUAAAGCCGGCACGGCAUAGCUUGUGAGUGGAUUGGUUAAAAAAUUCAUAUUAUUCAGUUAUCAGUGAUUAAUGAUUGUAUGCUUAACAAAGAGGCAUUAGUGUUAUGAAAACGAAAACUAUCUUGAUUUUUCAUGUUGCUAGUAUGCUGUUAGUGUAACAUCCUUUUUAAGGAUCACUUGCUUUUCAUGAUUGAUAUGUAUGCGAUAAAUGUAACCUAAUUAUAUGUAUAUCCCCAUACAGUACAGUAAUACCGAUGGGGUGAAAUUGUUGGAUAAUAAUUGUAUUAUUUUUAUUUUAUGA